AUGAUCAAUCCGUUAUUGAAGUUCCAAAAACGCGUCAAGUGUAAAAUGUGGAAAAAAUGGCAAUUGUUCAAUGCCACGGACUUCCAAUCGUUGAUGUAUCCGUGCUUCUUUCUCUGCAGCAUUCUUGGAAUAUUUCCAUACAAAAUCAAUCACGGUUCGACUUUCGAGAUUUCCAAACAGCGUUACAUACUAUCAACCGUCGUCCUCUGUGUUCUCUGCACUUGCGAGCUAGUAAUACUUUAUAUGAUUGAUAUUGCUGGGACAAUAAACCUUGGAGACAUACGUAGGACUCUUCAGCGUAACUGCUAUUUCAUACUCGGAAAUUUUAUCGCGAUUGUUACAUAUGUUUUGAGCGGUCUUCGAAUGGAUUUGCUCCAGGCCGUAAUAAAUAUCUCUUCAAAGCUAUCUCUCAAUUCAUAUAAAAAACUGUCUAGAUUGAUCCAUACUAAGGAUAUCUUCGGAUUCUUCUUUCUAUUUAUGAUGACGAUGUACUACUACUCCCAGAUAGACCAUUGGUACAAAGCUCUUGUACCACAUGUUACUUUCCUGGUGUUUCAGACGGAUAUGCUAUACAUAAAUUGCGUUUGUAUAUUAAAGGCCUGUUUCAAAACAAUUGACAACAAUCUGAUCAAUUUACGGGAACCCAUCGCAAACGAUGAGCCGAAUAAUCCAUUUCUGUUAAUGGAACUCAAGGCUUUGAAGAAGCAGCAUAUGAAGAUCAGCGAUACAGUAGAAAUGUUAAACAUGGUUUUCAGUCUCCCGCUCCUCGCUACCAUGAGUAUAACUUUUUUCGGAAUCAUUUUUGAAUUGUACUACUGCAUGCUGCAUUGGAAAAUUGGCAUAUUAAUAAAUUUCAACAUGGACAACCUGGGUUUUGAUAUAUUUGCAAUAGGGUUUAUGACGUUUUAUACCCUAAAAACAGUGUUGAUAGCAUGGGCUGGUGAGACUGGUAAAGAUCAGGCCAUGAAGAUCGGCAUCACUGUUCACGAUUUGCUUAAUAAUUCGUCAGAUAAACAAAUAAAAAACGAGUUGCGGCUAUUUUCCUUGCAAGUACUGCACUGCGAAAAUACGUUCACCGUAAAAGGUCUCAUUGUGGAUAUUACUCUUCUUACUGCAAUAGUGGUUAAUACAACUACGUAUGUACUAAUCUUACUACAAUCCUUGAUUGUCUCAUAUAUUUGCAAUGGAAAAACAAAUAAUGUCAUACAUAUUAUCUAA